UGCUCUACCGACUGAGCUAUCCCCACCUCCCUUUUUUUUUGUUACAUAAUCCAACCGUGGAUCAAAAUUUUUAUGUGGCCAAUUAUCAAGGAAUAAUUAUAAUGCCACAAACGAGGUAUAUGGAUAGACCUAAUAUAUUUUUUUAUCUGACGCUCAUAGGAUCCUAAAAACUCAUUACAUAUCAUUUUCCUAUCACAUUCUAUCGUACUGAUUUAAACAAGUUUUGUAUUGCAGCGCUCCUAGUGAUCAGAAUUAAAAUCAAAAAAUGCGGACAGCGUUGCCACAUCUGCACCGAGAAUUAUUUAUUUAAUUAAACGUAUAUUUGAUUAUUUAUAUCUAUUUGAAAGUAUCAGAAAAGAUAUGAAUUACAUAAUUAGAUAUGAAUUAGAUAUAUUAGUAUGUCGAUUUUAUGAAAGAUUGGGCCCAUUUGAAAAAUGUUUUUAUAAAUAAUUAAACUAACGAAAUAAACAGGAUUGUUCAUAUAUUUUAAAUAUUUGAUCAAACUCAUUGGAAAAAUUAUACAUGAAUGCUCCAAAGAUAGUUAUUCUACUAAAAUUCUGGAGUAAAUACCAUGCUGUCCAUUAUAAUCAUCUUACCAUUAUAAUUUUCAGCUAUUCUAAAAUACUUAAUUCAGUAUUGAGAAAUACUUUAUCAUUUACAACUAAUAUCUUUAAUACAUAUUCAAGUUUCUUCAUAAUUAUUUUCUAAAAAAAUAGUAACAUUUUCUAAAUGAACAUCCUCUCCCUAUUAAUCUAUUUUAUUUUCAAAAAAUUUUUAAAACAAAUUAACUUAAUAUUAAUUGAAUUAACUGUGUGCGGUUAUAAAGUUGUUGCGCAGUAUUUUAAUAUUUUUCUAACGAUAAGCAAAAUGGCUGUCAUUAAAUUAUAAUAUUAAUUUAUUUAAAUUCAUGAAGUUAGAAUCAGUAAGUCCGCCGAUUAUUAUUUAAACGUGCGCGUUGAUAGUUUUUUUCUUUUUCUUACGUUCAAUCUUCGUUUUAGAGUCAAUGCUCAAGAGGAUAAGGCCUCCUCAGGAAAUCAAGAUCGUAAGUAAUUUUAUAUAUUAUGGUAAUUUAUUCAAUUUUUCAAACUUAAAACUCUUUGUAAUAAAAUAAUGGAAUGAUUUCAUUUAGUUACUAGCUUCAUAUUUCGAUAUUGAAAAUUGACAACACUGUAAUGAAUUUCAAAAAUCAUAUUUCUGGCGCGUUUACUACUUGAUCAACGUCGAUCAUUUCACUUGACGUAGUUCUCCAACUCACCGUUGUUGAAGCGUAGAGUGAGCUAAAAAAACCAAUGUUUUUUUUGCUAUGUCGGUAUUUCAGAUCAUGGAACACGAAGUCCCGUAAAAUGCAACGUUCGUUUAUGCAUCUCGUCUGUGUUUGCACGUACCUUGUUGUUAGAAAGUCUCUCAAAGAUCGUCGUGAAUGGCAGGCAAACGUGUAUUCAUAUACCUUGUCUGUGAUACAAGUAGCUCUGAUUGUCGGAAAAAUCCCAAGUGUUUGCAACGAUUCGAUGCAGCAAAGCGCCUUUUUUUCUAAACAAACGCAUUCUCCCGUACACACGGGAAAACAGGACUCUAGCAAUUUCUUUUGUGAAAGAAUUAUCACCGAGAGUGCAGUUUUUUGACGAGACAGCUGAGCGGAAGUAGAGGUCGCAAUACGGUCGCGAUAAAACUCAAUAGAUAUCGCUAUUACAAAUCAUGUGAUCAGCACUACAUUCAAUACGCUUGCGCGACCUUCGUGCAAGGUGACCGUUUCGAGGAUUGGUACAGCACGCGUGUUAUUCGCUUGUAAGUAGCGUACGCAUACGGUUAUCUGUGACAUCGAGGUACGUGUGUACGUCGUGAAAACCGGUCAUUGCGCCCGUCAAUCUCUUUCGCAGUAGAAAUAUUACGCUGCGUUUUGUAUCGUCCGUGAACGAUAUAGCUGCAGAAUUCAAUUCAACGUUCGCGUACGCCGUUGGAAAAGAAGAUUUCGCAGGGAAAUCUUCACGAAUGAAAGAUAAUUGAACGCUUGCAGAAACAGAAGAAGAAGUUGAAUUAAAUCUGAAGUGUUGGAAUGCAAAAGUUGAUCUUAUCUAACAAACAUAAGAAAUUCUAGAUACGGCGGAUUUUGUCUUGAUAAGUAUUCUGUUGUCGAAGGAAGAGAGAAAUAAACGGGAAGAUGUCAGCAUCAGAUGUCGACGAAGAAAAGAGGAAACAAAUCUCCGUACGCGGGAUUGUUGAUGUAGAGAACGUCGCGAACUUCAAGAAAACAUUUAAUAGACAUCUACACUACACUCUCGUGAAAGAUCGUAAUGUGGCCACGAGCAGGGAUUAUUUCUUCGCUUUGGCACACAGCGUCAAGGACAACUUGGUCUCUAGAUGGAUACGCACCCAGCAAUACUAUUACGAGAAAGACCCAAAAAGGGUUUACUAUCUUUCCUUGGAAUUCUAUAUGGGAAGAACUCUUCAAAAUACUAUGAUUAAUUUAGGCAUCCAAGGUGCUUGUGAUGAAGCUAUGUAUCAGAUGGGCUUGGACAUUGAAGAAUUGGAAGAACUUGAAGAAGAUGCAGGUCUAGGAAAUGGAGGUUUAGGAAGAUUAGCAGCUUGCUUUCUAGACAGUAUGGCCACUCUUGGUCUUGCUGCUUAUGGUUACGGAAUUCGAUAUGAAUAUGGUAUAUUUACGCAGAAAAUAAGAAAUGGAGAACAGGUGGAAGAACCAGACGAUUGGUUACGUUAUGGAAAUCCAUGGGAGAAAGCUAGACCAGAAUUUACGCUUCCAGUAAAUUUCUUUGGUCGGGUGAUUGAUACUCCUGAAGGAAAGAAAUGGGUUAAUACGCAGGUUGUAUUCGCAAUGCCAUACGAUAACCCAAUUCCUGGAUACAAAAACAAUGUUGUUAAUACUCUUAGAUUAUGGUCUGCCAAAUCACCCGUAGAAUUUAAUUUGAAAUUUUUCAACAAUGGUGAUUACAUUCAAGCUGUAAUCGACCGUAACUUGGCAGAGAACAUUUCUAGAGUAUUGUAUCCUAAUGAUAAUUUCUUUGAGGGUAAAGAAUUGCGGUUGAAGCAAGAAUAUUUCAUGGUAGCAGCUACUCUUCAGGAUAUCGUACGAAGAUAUAAAGCUAGUAAAUUUGGCUCAAGGGAACACCAUAGAACAGAUUUUGACUUGUUCCCCAAUAAAGUGGCCAUUCAGUUGAACGAUACUCAUCCUUCUUUAGCAAUUCCUGAACUUAUGAGAAUCCUUGUCGAUGUUGAAGGGCUUCCUUGGGAGAAAGCUUGGGACAUCACAACAAGAACAUGCGCUUAUACUAAUCAUACAGUUCUUCCGGAAGCUUUAGAAAGAUGGCCUACAAAUAUGUUGGAAUAUAUUCUUCCUAGACACUUGCAGAUCAUUUAUCAUAUUAAUUUCGUUCAUCUGCAACAAGUUUCCGCUAAAUUUCCGGGAGACGUAGAUCGUCUUCGUCGUAUGUCUUUGAUCGAGGAGGAAGGUGAAAAGAGAGUCAAUAUGGCUCAUCUUUCAAUCGUUGGUAGUCAUGCUAUUAACGGUGUUGCAGCGUUGCAUUCAGAAAUUUUGAAAGACAGCGUAUUUAAAGACUUUUAUGAAUUGACACCUGAAAAGUUCCAGAACAAAACUAAUGGCAUUACACCAAGAAGAUGGCUUCUUUUGUGUAAUCCAAAUCUCUCAGAUAUCAUCGAAGAAAAAAUUGGCAGCGAUUGGACAGUACAUCUAGAACAGCUCGUUCAGUUAAAACAAUGGGCUAAAGAUCCAGUCUUCCAGCGCAGCGUUAUGAAAGUGAAACAAGAAAAUAAAUUGAGAUUGGCGCAAAUACUUGAAAAAGAUUAUGGAGUUAAAGUGAACCCUGCCUCCAUCUUCGAUAUUCAGGUGAAGCGAAUACAUGAAUAUAAAAGACAACUAUUAAACUGUCUACACGUACUCGCAUUAUACAACAGAAUAAAAAAGAAUCCAAAUGCACCAUUCGUUCCUCGAACGGUGAUGAUUGGAGGAAAAGCAGCUCCUGGAUAUCAUACAGCUAAAAAAAUUAUAAAGUUAAUUUGUGCUGUAGGAGACGUUAUAAACAAUGAUCCUAUUGUUGGCGACAAAUUGAAAUUUAUUUUCUUAGAGAAUUAUCGAGUCACCUUAGCGGAGAAAGUAAUUCCAGCAGCAGAUUUGAGCGAACAAAUUUCCACAGCAGGCACUGAAGCCUCUGGCACUGGAAAUAUGAAGUUUAUGUUAAAUGGAGCCUUGACAAUUGGCACAUUAGAUGGUGCUAACGUAGAAAUGGCUGAAGAAAUGGAAAAAGAAAAUAUGUUCAUUUUUGGUUUAACGGUCGAUGAGGUGGAGGAAUUGAAGAAAAAAGGCUAUGACGCUCAUAGUUAUUACAAUAGAAUCCCCGAAUUAAAGGAAUGUAUUGAUCAAAUCCAAAAUGGUUACUUCAGCCUCUAUAAUGCAGAUGAAUAUAAAACCAUUUCUAAUCUUCUACUACAAUGGGAUAGAUUUCUUACGUUAGCUGAUUACGAAAGCUAUAUAAAAAUGCAAGAUCAUGUCGGUAAAGUUUAUCAGGAUGAAAGCAAAUGGGCAGAAAUGGUGAUCAAUAAUAUAGCUUCCUCAGGAAAAUUUUCAUCAGACAGAACAAUCGCAGAAUACGCUCGUGAAAUUUGGGGUGUUGAACCAUCUUGGCAACGACUUCCUGCGCCUCAUGAACCACGAGAUAUUUAAAUUAUAACUUUUCUCUUCUGGAUAAUUUACUUUGCUUAUUAUCAACAGUUUUCUAAUUCUUUUUUUUUUUAACACAUAAAUAAUAUUCCUUUACUAACAAGCAUGAGCAAUAUUACUAUUUAUUCAUUUAUUAUUUUUACUGAGCGUAAAAUAUAAAAAUAUAAUUAUACACUUAAAUCGCUCAUGCUUUACUUGAAAAAACAUAUACUGCCUAAAUUUCUUGAAAAACUUUAUUGACUGUCAAUGACUGAUGAACUGUAAUAAUGAUAUAAAAGAGAAAUUUAUUAUGACAAAAAAUAUUCUGGACAAACUUAACUUAAAUGAUGGAUACAUUUCUUAAAGAAAGAACAGAUACAAUCUAGUCGAAAAAGAGGUAUGUAAUAGCAUCAAAAAUAAUUUUAGUCAUAUUUUUCUACUUGUAAUUUACAAUAACAAUAAAAUAUAAAGAAUUUAUCAACUGUCUCAAAUAAUCAACAAAUUUUGAGACAGAACGAGAAGAAUGUACACUAUCUUAAACUUUAAAUCCAUCAUGAGAUUAUUAUUAACAUUUAAUUAUAUAUUUAUAGUAUGGAAAUUAGUAUCUGAGAUACUAGUAGCUGAAGUUUAUCGAGUAUUUCAAAAUAUUUAUAGUCAAAUUUUGUGAGAAUUAUUAUAUUUAAAAAAAAGAAAAAUGAUUCUUGUUUAUAUAUUUAAUUCAAUAAAACAUAUAAAAAUAUUGUAGCUCGUUUUUAAUAUCAAAAUAACUGUACUUUGAAAAAAAAUAAAAUAUUAAAGAAACAAAAUUUUUUUUCGAACUGGAGUUGCUGGAACCACAAAUUGUGUUUCUAAAUACACGUCUUUGAUUAAAUCAAUAAAUAUUUAUUUGUAAAUGCAGACGCAAACUGAAGAAAAAUAUCGCGUGCACAGAAGCGCGGCUUGAGAAGGCAAUGUUCCAACAUUCCAAUAAAUUAUUUUUCUGAGUUUAUUGACGAGAGCAUGUCUGUACAUCAAACUGAAAUUUUUGUUCAAACAAAAGAGAACGCUCUACGUGAAUUUUCGUUUAUCGAUGAAGAAACAGUGCCGUUAAUUUUCAGUGAACUUAUUAUGCAAAAUUGCUGGAAAUAUUGCAUUGCAUUUUAACGCGCGAUUGGAUAGGGGUUAUGUGGUUCGAAAUUCGAAAUUUAAAGGAUGUUGGGAAGAAGAAGAGACCUGUUCUCCUGUUGGACAUACUGCUUUCCGACGAAACUCCUAUGUUCAUAUCUUGAUAUUUUGCACUGCCAAUGAAUAUCAAGUUGCCGUUAAUGGAGAGCAUUUUUGUGCAUUUGCCUAUAGAAUGCCUCUUGAAGAUGUAAUAUGUCUUGAAAUAAAUGGAUCAUUGGAAGACGUUAGAUUUAGACAAUUUGAAUUAUUCGUUUAUCCUGAUCCGAAGUUAUGCAGACCAAGUAACAUUUUAAGUCUAAAAAUUGACCGACCGCUCGUUGAAUUUCUUGUUUUAUGUAAAUCUACAAAAAGGAAAGACAGUCUAUCCACAUCCAGUAAUUACAUUGCAUUUAAAUCCUCGUUUUUCAUAUGGCAGUAGCGCACCUUAUGUUGUAAUGAACUGUUGGACAAAUGGGUCUUGGGGACGAGAAGAAAGACACUUGGGUCAUUUGUCCUGGAUGCCCGGUCGUGAUUUUCUUUUGACAAUUCGAUGCGAAUUCGAAGCGUAUACAAUAUGGUUAGGCGAAAAAAUGAUUGGUGAAUUCAAGCACAGAUUACAACCGUCUGUCAUCGAUACUCUUAAAAUAUCCGGAGACAUCGUACUCCAUGAACUAGCUAUGACUUAUUCAAGUUAAAUAAAUAUGUGCAUGGAACAUUUCUAUUAUUUAUUCUUCGUUUGAAUAAAAUAGCAUUUAUUUACGCUGUACUUUGUAAAGACAUAGUAUCAAAUACAUGUCUAAUACAUGUCUAAUCAAUGCAGUUUUGAGUAAUAAUAAUAUCAAUAAGAUUUAUUAUUAGUAAUAUUUAUAUAAUGAAAAGUAUAAUAUUGACAAUAAUAUAAUAUUGAUAUAAUAUUGACAAUAAAAUUUUAUUAUUAAUAUACAUUUUAAAUAUUUUCGAUCUAAAGAUAGAAUUUUAAAUAACAUAAUCAUGGAAUUUUAUUUAUUUAUUGUCUGAAAAGUAGAGUUUUAGAAUCUUUCAAAACUAUUUAAACAGCUGCACAUCACAU